UUGCUUAACUUAUCAGGUUUUAUAGAAUCAAUAUGAGUGGAGAAAGAAUAACUCAAAGCAAGUACAAAGAAUAUAGACUAAAUCUGCAUUAUUACAAUACAAGAACUUGUCAUAUUCUCAUUUCUGUAACAAACAAAAGAUCAUUCAUUCAGCUAUGAACAACAACUCCGGAAAUAGCUAUUUUGAUGCUCCAAAUCAAUCCAAUAGAUAUGGCUUGGUUACAAGAUCCUUGGGUCGGCCAAUUCCUUCUUUCUCUACACGGAACGCUUGGUCCAGGAGUGAUUUGAUAGUUAAUAGGGGUUUGCUCGAUGAUCCUCCUCCAUCCACUUACUCAAGAACAGCUUCAUCAAACGUAGAUUAUGUACCACCAUCACAUACUCCACAUCAGAUUCCAAUCCGAACCAGCAAUAACCUGCGGAGGCAACACCUCGAGGCACUAAGACAAGCCGUUCACAACCAACGUGAUAGAACCGAGAGCAACUCAAGAUCAGCAUCAUCACAAGACAGAGAAAAGGACCAUGUUCUGAAACAUCUAACAAAACAGAUAUACAACCCUGUCCCAAAAAGCCAGCUUCUCAGAAACCUGAGCUUAUACUACAGAAACAAGAACCAGGGAAGCGGAAAUUCAAGAAACCCUCAAGGUUAUUCCGGUGAAGAAGACGAUGAGAAGAGAUGCACAGUGUGUUUAGACGACUUUGAGCCCAAGGAAACAGUGAUGCUCACUCCUUGCAAACAUAUGUUUCAUGAGGAGUGUAUAGUUCAAUGGUUGAAGACCAAAGGACAGUGUCCUCUCUGUAGAUUCGUUAUACUCAAACCGACAAGAAGAGAUUAUUCUCCCGGUGUUAGCUCAGAUCUUGCUGGAGACAUGACAGUGAACGAUCUCUUCACAUUGGAACUAAUCUCAGUGGUUCGUGCAAUGGAAGAAAGUUUCCUUUUUGGUUAUCCACGGCGUAUGUAGAAUCAUAUUUAUUGAUGGUAAUCAUUGUAGAUAGGCAAUAUCUAUAAAGAAAAUUCAAAUGUCUAAAGAACAAAACAAAACUGAGAAAACCCGGUUCGAGCAUAUAUGUUUCAGACAAUAUUUCUUUAGCCAGUAAUGUUCUGAGA